CUACAGGCUGCGUGUUACCUCUAAUCGAUAAGCGCCUCCGUCUUUCAACUUGCCUUUAUUCGCGAUUCCUACGAUUCUUACGAUUCUUAUCGCCCUACGGACGAAUCAUGAAGCUGGGAGUUACGCAACUUCAAACCGAGUAUGGCCCUUAAGGGGAGAGAUGUCGGUUUGGCUGGCAUCGUUUGCUUUUUUGCAUGGGGUUAUGCAACCAGCUGGUUUCCUGCCAUUCGAUGGGCCGGAUAUGCCUUCGUCAGCGGCGCCAUCAUUUCGCUCCUAGGUGUUUGCCUAUUGCUUCUAACUUCUCGGGGCUCGACAUAUGGUCAACGAAACCGAUCGGCGCGACCGAAUGCAGUCAGUUUUGUGGGUGCCGAUUCCUGGCGUAAAGAAACGACUGCCCUACGACUUCGGCAGACUUAUAUCAGAGCACCUCUAUAUUCCGAAUCACCCGCCAUAUCCAACGCAUUGGACGAUUUGCUCGACCUGGUCCUACGGGACUUUGUCAAGUCAUGGUAUUCGAACAUAAGCAAGAACCCCGUGUUUGCGAACGCGGUCGAUAACGCUAUAAGGCAUGCGUUGGUCGGAAUAAGGGACCGUCUUUUUGAGACGGACCUGGUAGAGGUAGUUACAAGCAGAAUCGUCCCGAUAUUGACGGCUCACUUUCGGGAUUUCUACGACGCCGAGAGAGCGGUGCGCGGCCGCAGACUGAACCGUGACGUUACCGAAUCUGAAGAAUUGGACUUAGCUAUCGCCGCAAAAUAUCGGGAUGGCAAAUUACACCCCGCCGCAUCUCUGACCUACUCAGAUACAAAGCUAGUACAGCAGGAUCAUCUACGGAAUAUAGUCACUAGGAUCCUACCGAAAGUGCUUCCUAACAACUUGUUGGACAGCCGUGCCGUAUUCAGCAUUAUUCGCGAAAUUGUCUCUUGUGCUGUCUUGUUUCCCACCUUACAAUUACUCUCUGAGCCUGAUACUUGGAACCAAGUGAUGGAAAACUAUGGCCGAAGCAUGCUACAGGAUCGAUCAACUGUCCGUAAGCUUCGUGCGGCCCUGGAUGCGCAUGCCUCGCCAACACCAAAAAGUUCCAAAUCAGUGGCGUUCCCACGACUUGCUCCGGGAGAUAGUGAACGUCGAUUUGAGAGAUUUAUCCGUACAAUUCGCAAACUUAAUAACUUGUCCGACGCAAGGCGAUUUCGAAGUGAAGUGGCAAGUCAGCUAAUGAAGGACUCGCAGUAUAAUGGCCAGGAUCCGAUCUACCUUCGUCGGCUAGAGAUGGGCAAACGCCUUCUAGAUCAGAGGGUCCAGCAGUUAGCAGCGGGUGGUGACGGACGACGUGUCCCGUUAUCAAGUAAUCCUUCACCAAUUUCCGGUUCUUCCAAGCUCGAGAAUGCUUCUUUAGUCGAAUUGCUACGCGACACGUCAGGUCUUUCUUACUUCAUGGAGUACAUGGAUAGACAAGGCUUGAUGUCCCUUGUACAAUUUUGGUUAGUUGUGGAUGGCCUACGAAACCCCCUAGAAGACGAUGGACCCGAUGAUGAGCAACUACCUUCGACUCUAGGCCCUUGGACCGAAUCCGAUCGCGUUGAUCUCGCUCAGAUCGACCAGGCGUACCUGUCUAAGCCAGAACUAAAGGUUCCUGCUAGUUCGCGACGAACUAUUCGUGAGUUCCUAGAUGCCGGCAAAGCAGCUUCUCCAGCACAAUAUUACAAAGCCCGCCGAGCUGUAUUGCGAGCUCAAAGUGCUGUACUUGAGGAUAUGCAGUCUAGAUUUCUCGACGCAUUUAAAAAGUCAGACCUAUUCUAUAAGGCCCUGGCAUCGGAAGAGGCAUCGAAGAGUAUUCCUCUCUCUCGACAGCCUCAGGCAGGACCAGUAGUUAGCCCGCCACUUGUUCGCCCCUCGCAAUCGUAUGCGUUGAAACCCUCGUCUGUAACAAAACUCAACCCGAAGCUCAGCACGUCCAAUGGCCAGGUUAGACGAGGUCUUUCUGCUUCGGACCUAAAAAGCGCUGGUGCGAAUGUUAGUCAUAGCUCAGAUCAUUUGAUGGGCCAUCGACGGUCGCUAGAUGAGGGCAUCUCUUCGCCAUUAUUUGACGAUGAUGAUUUAGAUCAUGACCCGAUGACUGAUUCACUGUUAAGUCUUGAUCAGGAGCCUUCGAUACCCGUGCCGGAUACCCAAGUUGUCCAGGCGGUAGAGGAGGCACUUAAUAAUAUUAUGGAAGAUGAUAACCGGCCAAAAACCGCGGAGGAUCUUCGCGAGUCCUUAUUCGGAGAAAACGACGACGGGGCUUCGAGUUUGUUCUCAGGGCAGGAUAAUGGUUCAGCUAGAGGCUCGAUGGACCAGCAACGUCCAAUACAAUCUGGAAAAGAAGUCGAGAAGCCUAGUUUGGCGUCUCUUGGGCUUGUAAGCGCGGCGUCUAGGAUUGGCGUUUUCAUGGAUGAUGAUCUCUUCGGCGACGAAGACAAGUUCUUAUCAGAUGAACAAGAUCAUAAUGAAGAUGAAAUUGCCGAUACCGAGGACGAGGUACAUGAGGCUGCACCAGGGGACCUUGGCCUUGCGGAGGCUAUCACAGCCCUUACAAACGAUAUCGAACGGCUUGCUGCUCAGGAAGCUGUCAUAGAAUCACUAACGAAAAAGGCAGAGUUAACAAACAACACGGCUGAACUACGUAUUUUACGAAAAUCAAAAGCGAGUUUACAAAGGGAGCUCAGGCGAAAAGAAUUGCAAAGGCAACAAUAUGUAAUCCAAGAGAACGACAAUAGUCUCUACGGACGCGCGUCGAUUAAAAUCAAGUCCAUCCAGGUAGGACGAGAGGAAGAUGGCAAAGAAUUUGCCCUUUACGUCGUCGAGGUAAAGAGGGACGCUGGCGAGAAAAUGCCCGCAGCUACUUGGAUAGUAACGCGACGGUACAGCGAAUUCCACGAACUUCAUCAGAAGUUGCGGGAUAGAUAUCCAUCAGUACGGAACCUCGACUUUCCACGACGACGGAUGGUCAUGAAGCUCCAGAGUGAUUUUCUCCGCAAGCGACGCGAUGCUUUAGAACAAUACUUAAGUCAGCUACUUCUCUUGCCAGACGUAUGUCGGAGCAGGGAUCUUCGAGCUUUCUUGUCACAAAGCGUGAUCACCCAAGGAGAGGAUUUGAUGAGCCGCGAAGACAAGAAGGACAUGAUCACUCGCCUAUACGAUUCCGUCACCGAUGGCAUGGAGGACAUCCUAGGAAAUAUACCUGUCCUAGACCAGCUAUCUCUGGCAGGACAGAAUCUAAUCGCGGCCGCUACAAGCCAGAUGAGCACAAUGCCGCUCAGCAUCAAUGAGGAUGCCAUGACAACUGCUGAAGCCGAGGCGGAGUUAAAUGCAUUUGAGAACAAGGAACUUGAACCUUUCAUCAAACCUAUAUGCGAUAUAUUCCUCGAGGUAUUUGGUCUUAACAGGGGCAACAAUUGGCUUCGUGGACGAGCUGUCGUUGUUGUUUUGCACCAAAUGCUUGGGGGCACUAUUGAACGAAAAGUACGGGACAACUUCAAGGUGCUAGUCCAAGAAGAUGCUGUUCUUAAAUAUAUCGCACUCUUGAGGAACAGCAUGUGGCCCGGAGGACAGAUCAACAGAAAUAAGCAGCCUAGGACACCGCCAGAGAAGGCACGGACUCGUAGGGAAGCAAGCUUGAUGCUAGCCACCUUAGUUCCAGAUUUGGCCGGAAACGUGGUCGGGCGGCUGAAUGCUCAAGCAGCAAGCCGCAGGAUUUUCGCGACGCUGAAUAACUCGAGAUUAAACUCACACCUGACUUUCACGAUCAUGGACGAGCUUAUUGACAUUCUAUUCAACGAAAGUUAGCCCGUCAAACCGCAGAGACGUGGUUAUUUUUCUUCUAUGCAGCAUAGCAAGGCGUUCGGACCGGAGUGUUUAGGAUGUUAUCGAGGUGCUGAUGAAUGCUCAUGAAUACUUGAUACCACUGUAGUUGGCAGGGUAUGCCUUUUGCAUGCUUGGAAGGACCAGGCUUCGAAUUAAGAGUCGCGGCAAGGAAGGCGAGGCGAUGAUCGCUUGUUAUAUCCAUGCUCAAGGGUGUAUCCAGGAGCUCGGUACCUAGGGUAUUAGCUAGGUGAGGCGAACGAGUAGAUGACCUAAAGUCUGGGGUAUUUCAAACAAGUACCCCUGUUUUCAGACGCCUACACACGUUUCCUAAGCCCGAAAGGAUAGGCAUCAGGUAGGUAGAUUUUAAUAGAUAAUCAAUAAACC